AUGGGCCUCUCCCACGUGCUGGUGUUUUGCAUAGUGGGCAUCUUUGCGAGUGAACGUCAAGAAAUUCAGAGACCAAAAUUUCAGAUCAAGCCAGCCAAGCCGGUGCUGCUGCUGCAACGAAGCGUCGAGCGGGCGGCGGUGGCGACUCUGUCCUCAGUGCUAAGUGAUGCCUCGGCCAACGCAAGUACUGCAAAAGGGGUGAUGCGCUUGCAUCAGCAGAACCUGGAAAAGGGCUCUGUGGCAAGACGGUCAAAUUGUUCAGGUUUUUCUCCGUGCCUCCCGUACGAUCUGACAGAAGAGACGCCACGCAACGGCCAGGAGUCAUCAAAAAACGUUGGCCUUGCCAUGAAGAGCAAGGUUUCGCAGCCGGCAGGAGAUCCUUUGACUGGGGAUGACCUACAGACAUCCUAUAGUGACGAGGACGCGCGGCAGUGGAGCAAAAUGCUCCCCUGCGAGUUGCACUUGGCAGGCACCACGAUUCAGGCGUUGCUGGACCACUAUGCAGACUCUGCAGCUGACACCUCCGGACUGUCGCUGAGCCAUUCCCUUGGCUCUCAUUCGAUUUCUGCAUUGCUGCUACAAUUCAGAGGCGAGCUCUCCAAGGCCUGCAAGGUGAAGGAAAGCCAUAUCCUGAUGAAUUCCGUGUAUGGCAGAUUUUUGCGGCCAGCUUCUUCAGUUUCUUCGAUGCUGAAAUCGCGCAACAGUAUUGAAACAUUGGAGUCCACUGGCGCAAGCCUAGUCAGCAGCGCCGUGCCGUUUGAGGAGCGUCUCGGAGAGGAGGUGGUGGUGCGCUUCUUCGUAGUGCCAGAAAGAGACGGUGACGACUUUGCCACGGUGGUCAACUCACUGCGAGACUCGCUAGCUAACAACAAGAGCAGCCUGCUGGCCGGAAAGCUUUCUGAUGUGAUGCGCCACGCGUCCCUCACAAUCGGUUACCAGGAUGUGGCUGGCUUCACUAGCAUUCCAAUUGACAAGCUCUCGAAUCUGGCACUGCCUUUUGCCAUCUCCGCAAUCUUCACCGGCAUACUUAUUUGGUUGGCCGGGUAA